CCCCGCCUCCGCCAUGGCCCCCAACUCCGCCGCCUGCCUUCUCCUGCUCACCCUGGCCGCCCUGCGAGCGUCCGGCCAGGCCCAGAUGCCGCUGGGUGGAGAUCUGGCUCCGCAAAUGCUGCGGGAGCUACAAGAGACCAACGCUGCGCUGCAGGAAGUGCGGGAGCUCCUACGGCAGCAGGUCAAAGAAAUCACCUUCCUGAAGAACACGGUGAUGGAGUGCGACGCGUGCGGGAUGCAGCCCGUGCACACCCCCGGUCUCGUCGUGCGCCCCCUGCCUCAGUGCGCGCCCGGCUUCUGCUUCCCCGGCGUGGAGUGCACCGAGACGCCCGGCGGCGCGCGCUGCGGACCCUGCCCCGCGGGCUUCACCGGCAACGGCUCGCACUGCACCGACGUCAACGAGUGUAACGCCCACCCCUGCUUCCCUCGCGUGCGCUGCAUCAACACCAGCCCCGGCUUCCGCUGCGAGGCCUGCCCGCCCGGCUACAGCGGCCCCGGCCACCAGGGCGUGGGGCUGGCCUUCGCCAAGACCAACAAGCAGGUGUGCACCGACAUUAACGAAUGUGAGACGGGGGAACACAACUGUGUCCCCAACUCCGUGUGCGUCAACACCCGGGGCUCCUUCCAGUGCGGGGCCUGCCUGCCCGGCUUCGUGGGCGACCAGGCGUCCGGCUGCCGGCCCCGCGCCCAGCGCUUCUGCCCGGACGGCUCGCCCAGCCCGUGCCACGAGAAGGCCGACUGCGUGCGGGAGCGCGACGGCUCCCACUCCUGCGUGUGCGCCGUCGGCUGGGCGGGCAACGGGCUCCUGUGCGGCCGCGACACCGACCUGGACGGCUUCCCCGACGAGAAACUUCGCUGCCCGGAGCGCCAGUGCCGCAAGGAUAACUGCGUGACGGUGCCCAACUCAGGCCAGGAGGACGUGGACCGGGAUGGCAUCGGGGACGCCUGCGACCCGGAUGCUGACGGCGACGGGGUCCCCAACGAGGGGGACAACUGCCCACUGGUGCGGAACCUGGACCAGCGUAACACAGACAGUGACAAGUGGGGCGACGCGUGUGACAACUGCAAGUCCCAGAAGAACGAUGACCAAAAGGACACGGACCGGGACGGUCGGGGGGACGCCUGUGACGAUGACAUGGACGGGGACCGGAUCCGCAACACGGCCGACAACUGCCCCAAGGUGCCCAACUCGGACCAGAAGGACAGCGACGGGGACGGCGUAGGGGACGCUUGUGACAACUGCCCGCAGAAGAGCAACUCGGACCAGAGGGACGUAGAUCAUGACUUCGUGGGCGACGCCUGUGACAGCGACCAAGACCAGGACGGGGACGGCCACCAGGACUCACGGGACAACUGCCCCACGGUGCCCAACAGCGCACAGCAGGACUCCGACCGCGACAGCCAGGGCGACGCCUGUGAUGAGGACGAUGACAAUGACGGGGUCCCCGACAGCCGGGACAACUGCAGGCUGGUGGCCAACCCGGGCCAGGAGGACUCGGACAGGGACGGCGUGGGCGACGCGUGCCAGGAUGACUUCGACGCCGACAAGGUGGUGGACAAGAUUGACGUGUGCCCCGAGAACGCCGAGGUCACGCUCACCGACUUCCGAGCCUUCCAGACGGUCGUCCUGGACCCCGAGGGCGACGCGCAGAUAGACCCCAACUGGGUGGUGCUCAACCAGGGCAUGGAGAUCGUGCAGACGAUGAACAGUGACCCUGGCCUGGCAGUGGGUUACACGGCCUUCAACGGUGUGGACUUUGAGGGCACGUUCCACGUGAACACAGCCACGGAUGACGACUAUGCCGGCUUCAUCUUCGGCUACCAGGACAGCUCGAGCUUCUACGUGGUCAUGUGGAAGCAGAUGGAGCAGACGUACUGGCAGGCCAACCCCUUCCGGGCCGUGGCCCAGCCGGGCAUCCAGCUCAAGGCGGUGAAGUCCUCCACGGGCCCCGGGGAGCAGCUUCGAAACGCGCUGUGGCACACCGGGGACACGGGGUCGCAGGUGCGGCUGCUGUGGAAAGACCCCCGCAACGUGGGCUGGAAGGACAAGACAUCCUACCGCUGGUUCCUGCAACACCGGCCCCAAGUCGGCUACAUCAGGGUGCGCUUCUACGAGGGCCCCGAGCUGGUGGCCGACAGCAACGUGGUGCUGGACACGACCAUGCGCGGCGGCCGGCUGGGCGUCUUCUGCUUCUCGCAGGAAAACAUCAUCUGGGCCAACCUGCGUUACCGCUGCAACGACACCAUUCCCGAAGACUACGAGGUGCAGGCCCAGCGGCUGCGGCUGGCCUAGGCGGGGGCAGGACCCCACCUGUCCUGACCGGGGCU